AUGAAAAGUGGAAAAGAAAAUAUCCAAGGAGCGGACGAGGCGGAGGAAGCAGAUCAAGGUGACGCGUCCAUUUUACCAAAUGAGGAAGAGGGGAACUCCGAGGGAGGGGACUCUAGUGAGAGCUGCUCAGUGGAAAGUCCCCUUAGGGAGAGCCAAGGCGAAAUCAAAGUAGAGGUAGCCAAACAGGAGGUGGUGACGCCUCCGCAGAAAAAUGGCACUUCAUGCAAAGGCACUCCCCACAACGAGGAAGGCUGUGCGAACAGUGACACCGAAAAGAAAGAGGACACAAACGAAUCGGUAAUUCAAGAAAACGGGGAAAGACAGUCUAGCGUGCAGUUAAGCGACGGUGAAGGGGAACGUGAAGAAAUCACCUCUGGUGAAAGUGCAACCGAAGAACAUGCAACGGAAUGCGCCCGUCUCAGUGACGUCUCCUUCAGCGAGGACUUCUUCGACCAGGCGUCCCAAUUUCAAAAGGCCCCAGAAGACCCGAACGAACAGAUCCCAAACCAACUAGAAGACUUAUACAAGGAGAUGAAAAAAUGCGAGGAUCUCUUUUUGAGCCACUUCGAUUGCACAGGAGAUGACUCCAAACAAAUGGAGAUGACAAGCAACGAGGAUGAAGCGAGGCAAGAAAAGAAUGGUAAAGUGAGUAUCCCCCAGAUUGACUUCACUUCCAUGGAAGCCAUUUCUCAGUUCAUAAUGCACAAGGACAUGUUCAACAAUGAUGACCCACCCAUAGAACGACACCUCCUCGAGCACGUCCAACAAUUCACGCAAGAACAGAAAAAAAAAAAUAAAAAAAAUAAGAUGAACAAGUCCUACCUUGGGGUUAGGAGUUAUCUGAAUACCUUGCCGCCCAGUCUGCACCAAAAAAUUUGUAAGGAGUACCGGAAAAACUUUUAG